CUUCUGUAGAUUUCUUACUGGUAUCCUACAUCUCUAAUUCUCCUUGUCAUGGAAACCAUUUCUAACAUUCUACAGGAUGUGCGUGAUUACUGGGCUGAUCAUUUUUCUCGUAGAUUCUAUCCAAGAAGGCCAACACUUCGCCAAGCAUCUUCAUUAUCCACCUUCUAUUUAUUGGACUACAAAACCCGACAAGCUGAACUUGGAAUGGACUAUGCCAAUCCAUGUGCUCAGCUGAACAAAGCAAAAUUUGUCUUCCACAAUGGUGAAUGGCAAAAUGAGAAUAUCCCCCAACAGAUGCCUUUAUUACAGUUAUUCCCCUCUCCAGAUAAGGAAUCACCCAACAAGGCCCUGAAGAAAGCAAACAAAUCCUUACUGGAAGAGAACAAUUACUUGAAGCUGCAGCUUGAACUGCUUAUGGACAUGCUGACAGAAACCACAGCACGGCUACACUUAGUAGAAAAAAAGCUGGAUACUACUACUUGGCAUUCAAAUAUGAAAAAGUCAAAUAACAAGGUGCUGAUGCUUCGAACUUAA